AUGAAACACUAAUAUUCAAAAUAGUAGGACUCUUAAGAUUAUGAAUAAGUGCAUGGGAUUGAAGAUUUUAAAGAUUUAUUUUAGUUAGCAUCUAUAAAUGAUGGAUCAAGUUUGAAAAGAGUUUAGAAAUGGGGAGGAGAUUAAGGUUUAGCAAAAUAAUUGAAAUCACAUUAGUUGGUAUAUAAAAUUAGUUAAUAAAGAUAGAAAGGGAUUGAUUCUGAAGCUUAAGUAAUAGAGAAUAGAGAGAAAUAUGGUAACAAUGAUCCAAUAGAGAAGGAAUCUGAAUCCUUAUGUGAUUUAAUUUUGGAAUGCUUUGGAGAUACAAUGCUUUAGAUUUUAUUAUUGGCAGCUUUUGUAAGUACAAUAAUAGGAAUGAUAAAUGAAGGUGUAGCAACUGGAUGGACAGAAGGGUAUUUAAAAAUAGUUAUAAGUUAAAUAGUGCAACAAUAUUUUUUGCUGUAUUUUUGAUAGUUUCAAUAACAGCUGGUAAUAAUUAUUUAAAAGAAAGACAAUUUUAGUAAUUGAGAAAAAGAUUAGAUGAUGGAAUAGUAUAAGUAGUAAGAGGUGGAAUAGUUGAGAUAUCAGUAAAAGAGAUAGUAGUAGGUGAUAUACUUUAAUUUAGUAUUGGAGAUAUGUUUGCAGUAGAUGGUAUAAAUAAUAAUAAUAUUAAAAAUAAAGGUUUAAUGAUUUAAGGAUCUUCAGUAAAAGUAGAUGAAUCUGCAAUGACAGGAGAAUCUGAUGAGAUAAAAAAGUUACCAUUUAAUGAAAUGAUUUAAUAAUCAUAAUUAUCUUUAGAUAAUCAUCAUUGUAGUCCAUUUUUAAUUAGUGGUACAAAAUGUUUAGAUGGAAAUGGUUAUAUGCUUGUAUUGUAAGUAGGAUAAAAUACAAUUUAAGGAUAAUUAAAAUUAUUAUUAAAUUAAGAUAAUCCACCAACACCACUUUAAUAAAAAUUAGAGGGAGUGGCUGAAGAUAUAGGUAAAUUGGGAACAUUAGUAGCUAUUUUAACAUUUAUAGCAUUAAUGGGACAUUUAAUUUAUGAUGUAUUUGUAUAACAUAAACAUGAAUUUAUGAAUCUAAAAACUUUGUCAUUUAUAAUAGAUGCAUUUAUGAUAGGUGUAACUAUAAUAGUAGUUGCAGUACCUGAAGGAUUACCUCUUGCUGUUACUAUAGCUUUAGCAUAUUCAGUAGGAAAGAUGAAAGAUGAAUAAAAUUUAGUAAAGAAUCUAGCAUCUUGUGAAAUUAUGGGAGGAGCCAAUAAUAUUUGUAGUGAUAAAACAGGAACUCUAACUUAAAAUAUUAUGUCAGUUACUACUAUUUGGAGUGAAAAUAGUUUUAUAACUAAAGACUAAUUUAAUUAAAAUAAUUUGUUAUCUAAAUAAACAGUAGAAGUAAUGGCUGAAUCUAUUUGUUAUAAUUCUAAUGCAAAUCCAAAUAAAGAUAAAAAUAAUAAUAGAUGGAUAUAAAUAGGAAAUAAAACUGAAUGUGCAUUAAUUGAAUUAGCAGAUAUCUUUGGAUUCAAAUAUUCUAAUUAUAGAUAAAAUGAAAAGAUUCUUAGAUAAAUACCUUUUAAUAGUAAAAGAAAGAAGAUGAGUACUGCUGUUUUAAAUUAAAAAAAUUAAACUGUUAGAAUAUUUACAAAAGGUGCUUCAGAAAUCAUAUUAUAAUAAUGUUUUAGAUAUAUUUCAAAAAAUGGAAAUGAAUUAUAACUUGAUAAAACUAAAAAGGAUGAUAUUCUACAUAAUGUAAUUGAAUAUUAUGCAUCUCAAUGUUUAAGAACUAUUGCAAUAGCUUACAGAGAUUUUGAACCAUAAAGUUCAAAUUUUAAAGGUUCUACUGUUAAUAUGAAAGCUCAUAUUCAUUAAAUUCCUGAAGAUGAUUUAGAUAAAGAUUUAACAUUAAUAGCUAUUUGUGGUAUAAAAGAUCCUAUUAGAGCAGAUGUUCCUAAUGCAAUUAAAUUAUGUAAUUAAUCUGGUGUGACAGUAAGAAUGGUUACUGGAGAUAAUCUAAUAACUGCAUAAUCUAUAGCUAAAGAAUGUGGUAUUUUGGAAUAAGGUAGAGCACAAUAAGAAUUUGAAGUAAUUGAAGGUAAAAAAUUCAGAGAAUUGGUUGGAGGAUUGAUUAGUGUUAAAGAUGAUGAAGGUAAAGAAAUAAAGAAAAUAAAAAAUAUGCAAAUCUUCUCUAAAAUAAGUAAAGAGAUGAGAGUAAUGGCAAGAGCAUCUCCUGAAGAUAAAUAUUUAUUAGUUACUGGUUUAAUUGAAGAAGGAAAUGUUGUAGCUGUCACAGGAGAUGGUACUAAUGAUGCACCUGCUUUAAAAAAGGCAGAUGUUGGAUUUGCUAUGGGAAUUACUGGAUCUGAUGUUGCUAAGGAUGCUGCAGAUAUAAUUCUUAUUGAUGAUAAUUUUAGUUCUAUUCUUAUAGGUAUAUAUUAUUCAUAAUAUUAUUAGCUAUGAUAUGGGGUAGAAAUAUUUAUGAUUGCAUAAGGAAAUUUAUUUAAUUUUAAUUAACUGUUAAUUUAGUUGCAUUAUUUAUGUCUUUUACAGGUGCUGUUAUAUUAAAAUAAUCUCCAUUAAAUGCAAUUGAAAUGUUAUGGGUCAAUUUAAUUAUGGAUACUUUUGCAUCUUUAGCUUUGGCUACAGAACCUCCAUCUAUUAAAGUACUUUAAAGACUACCAUAUAAAAGAACAGAUUAAAUUGUUUCACCUACUAUGUAUAGAACUAUAGUUGGAGCUAGUUUAUAUUAAAUAACAAUUCUAUCAUUUAUUUUAUUUUUGUUACCAAAAUAUAUUGAUUGUUCUUUACCACCUGAACUUAUUGGUUAGAAAGUAAGAAUUGUUAAUUUUAUCAUAAGUAUCCCUAAAAUGUAGUAUAAAUGAGUAUCUUUUUUUAAGCAUUUGUUUUGAUGCAAGUAUUCAAUUCAAUAUCAUGCAGACAAUUAGAUUAUCAUACAAAAAAUCCAUUUACAAAUUUUUGUAAUAAUCCAUUGUUUUGGAUAGUUCAAACAAUUACUGUUAUAGUUUAAAUAUUAUUAAUUCAAUAUGGUGGUAGAUAUGUGAAAGUUUCACAUCUUACUUUAUAUUAACAUUUAAUUUGUUUAGGUUUUGCAGUAUUUGGAAUAAUAUUUUCAUUGUUAUUUAAAUAUAUACCAGAGAGUAUAUGUCAAAAGAUUCAUAUUUUCAGAGAAGAUGAAAUCAAAACUGAAAAGAUGGAUGAAACUUUGACUAGUAGAUUGAGAAGGAAAUCAACAAUGCGUUUACAUACUAGUUAAAGAAGUAAAGUAGAUAGUGGUAGUCUAAAAAAGAUGAGUUCAUAAAAGAUAUGA